AUGCCUGUUGUCGCUGGUCCUUCCGCAGGCCCUUCAACAAUCGACAAGAUGAAAAUGGGAGCUUUGAUGGGUUCUACUGUCGGUGGCAUUAUGGGUUUCAUUGGUGAGAGCUUACCAGACACAGGAACCGUCGCCAUCUUCCAAUAUGGCGCUGGCCCGAAUGGUGUGAUGCGAACUCUGGGCAAGUACAUGCUGGGUUCAGGCGCGACUUUUGGUCUUUUCAUGUCCAUCGGUAGCGUGAUCCGUUCUGAGGGACCUCACAACGACCUUUGGCUCCGCGCCCAGGGACCCCCAAUGAUGCUUCCCCGGCAAAGCCCCCUGCGCCCUGUGCGCCAAUAA